AUGGAGUUUGAUUCUAAAGAUGUGGCGUAUGAUUUUUACAACAAUUGUGGUGGCAGAGUUGGUUUUACUAUUCGGAAGGAGUACAAAAAUAAAAAUCGGAAGGAUGGAAAAAUAACAUCUAGGUUGUUUGUAUGUAGUAAGGAAGGUUUAAGAGGUAAGGACAAGAGAGACGGAAAAACAAAAAAACUAAGGGCUGAAACACGCACAAAUCGUGGUGCACGCAUGUUAGUAAGGUAUGAUGUGGGUUUGCAAAAGUUCGUUGUAAGACAGUUUGAAGAAAGUCACAACCAUCCCCUCAUCAUGCAGCAGUGCACCCACAUGAUGCAAUCGCAGCGAAAAAUUAGCUUAGUGCAAGGUAUUGAUGUGGAGCUGGCAUGUGAUUCUGGAAUAAUAGUUCGUGAAGCCUUCGAAUUAAGCUCCAGGCAAGUUGGAAGUAGAGAAGCAAUUGGCUAUACCAAGGUUAAUGUACAAAAUUAUAUUAGGAUAAGAAGACAGAAUGAGUUAGAAUGUGGAGCGGCAGUUUGGCUCAUGAAUUAUUUCCAAACUCAGUCAUUGGAAGAUUCAUCAUUUUUUCAUGAUGUCCAACUGGACACAGAUACAAUGAUAACUAAUAUAUUUUAG